CCGAGCCUGAGGAGGGCGAAGGGGCGGCGGGCGGCCGAGCAGGCGGCGGGGCUGGGAGGGUAUGCAGCCGGGGCCGCGGGGCCACCGCCGCCUCUGAGCCGCGCGAGUGCACUGAGCGCAGCCGCGUCGCUGCGGCCGGGCCGCGCCAUGGGGAAGGAGCAGGAGCUGGUGCAGGCGGUGAAGGCGGAGGACGUGGGGACCGCGCAGAGGCUGCUGCAGAGGCCGCGGCCCGGGAAGGCCAAGCUCCUAGGCUCCACCAAGAAGAUCAAUGUCAACUUCCAGGACUCAGAUGGCUUCUCUGCCCUGCACCACGCGGCCCUGAAUGGCAACACAGAGCUGAUCACCCUGCUGCUGGAGGCCCAGGCUGCUGUGGACAUCAAGGACAACAAAGGCAUGCGGCCAUUGCACUACGCAGCCUGGCAAGGACGGAAAGAGCCCAUGAAGCUGGUGCUGAAGGCAGGCUCAGCCGUGAACAUUCCAUCUGACGAGGGUCACAUCCCCCUGCAUCUGGCAGCCCAGCAUGGUCACUAUGAUGUGUCUGAGAUGCUGCUGCAGCACCAGUCCAACCCGUGCAUGGUGGACAACUCAGGAAAGACGCCUCUGGACCUGGCUUGUGAGUUUGGCCGUGUUGGGGUGGUCCAGCUGCUUCUAAGCAGCAACAUGUGUGCAACAUUGCUGGAGCCCCGGCCAGGGGAUGCCACUGACCCCAACGGCACUAGCCCCCUGCACCUGGCAGCCAAGAAUGGUCACAUUGACAUCAUCAGGCUCCUCCUCCAAGCAGGCAUAGACAUUAACCGCCAGACCAAGUCUGGCACUGCCCUGCAUGAGGCUGCACUCUGUGGGAAGACGGAAGUGGUUCGGCUGCUGCUGGAUAGCGGGAUCAAUGCCCACGUGAGGAACACCUACAGCCAGACAGCCCUGGACAUUGUGCACCAGUUUACCACGUCCCAGGCCAGCAAGGAGAUCAAGCAGCUAUUGCGAGAGGCCUCGGCAGCCCUGCAGGUCCGGGCGACCAAGGAUUACUGCAACAAUUAUGACCUGACUAGCCUCAACGUGAAGGCCGGCGACAUCAUCACAGUCCUCGAGCAGCAUCCGGAUGGCCGGUGGAAGGGCUGUAUCCAUGACAACCGAACAGGCAAUGACCGGGUGGGCUACUUCCCGUCCUCACUGGGUGAGGCCAUUGUCAAAAGAGCAGGUUCUCGAGCAGGCACCGAACCAAGCCCAUCCCAGGGAGGAGGCCCUUUGGGGCCCUCUGCACCCCCAGAGGAGAUCUGGGUGCUAAGGAAGCCUUUUGCAGGUGGGGACCGCAGCAGCAGCAGCAGUGUGAGCAGUGUAGCAGGUGGCCGGGGCAGCGGAGGCCAUGCCCUACAUGCAGGCUCUGAGGGAGUCAAGCUCCUGGCAACGGUGCUUUCCCAGAAGUCUGUCUCUGAGUCCAGCCCAGGGGACAGCCCUGCCAAGCCUCCAGAGGGCUCCACAGGUGCAGCCCGGUCCCAGCCCACAGUGGCCCAUGCUGGGCAGGUCUACGGGGAUCAGCCAUCCAAGAAGCUGGAACCAGCAUCAGAGGGCAAGAGUGCUGAGGCCGUCAGCCAGUGGCUUGCCACAUUCCAGCUGCAGCUCUACACCCCCAACUUUGUCAACUCCGGGUACGACCUGCCCACCAUCAGCCGCAUGACCCCCGAGGACCUCACAGCUAUCGGUGUCACCAAGCCAGGCCACCGGAAGAAGAUCACGGCAGAGAUCAGCGGCCUGAGCGUGCCUGACUGGCUGCCUGAGCACAAGCCUGCUAACCUAGCUGUGUGGCUGUCCAUGAUCGGCCUGGCUCAGUACUACAAGGUGCUGGUGGAAAAUGGCUACGAGAACAUUGACUUCAUCACCGACAUCACCUGGGAGGACCUGCAGGAGAUCGGCAUCACCAAGCUGGGACACCAGAAGAAGCUGAUGCUGGCAGUGAGGAAACUGGCAGAGCUGCAGAAGGCAGAAUAUGCCAAGUAUGAGGGAGGACCCCUGCGCCGGAAGGCACCCCAGUCACUUGAAGUGCUGGCCAUUGAGUCACCACCCCCACCCGAACCUGCCCCGACUGACUGCCAGUCCCCUAAGAUGACCACCUUCCAGGACAGUGAGCUCAGUGGUGAGCUGCAGGCUGCCAUGACUGGCCCAGCUGAGGGGGUCACUGCCGCUCCCUCCGAAAAACCCUCCAAUCACCUGCCAGCCACCCCAAGGGUAACCAUGAGGCAGGAGCCCAGCCUGGGUGGGCGGGCACGGCACAUGAGCAGCUCACAGGAGCUACUGGGCGAUGGGCCCCCAGGGCCAGGCAGCCCCAUGUCUCGAAGCCAGGAAUACCUGCUGGAUGAGGGGCCAGCUCCUGGCACGCCCCUCAAGGAGGCCCGGCCUAGCCGCCAUGGUCACAGUGUCAAGAGGGCCAGUGUGCCCCCUGUACCUGGCAAGCCACGACAGGUCCUCCCGCCAGGCGCCAGCCACUUCACACCUCCUCAGACGCCCACCAAAGCUCGGCCAGGCUCCCCCCAGGCCCUUGGGGUUCCUCAUGGUCCAGCCCCAGCCACAGCCAAGGUGAAGCCCACCCCACAGCUGCUGCCACACACAGAGCGACCCAUGUCACCUCGCUCCCUGCCACAGUCACCCACACACCGUGGCUUUGCCUACGUGUUGCCCCAGCCUGUGGAGGGUGAUGUGGGGCCAGCGGCCCUGGGGCCUGCACCUCCACUGGUGCCAGCAGCUGUGCCAACACUAUGCCUGCCCCCUGAGGCUGACACUGAACCAGGGCGGCCCAAGAAGCGUGCCCACAGCCUGAAUCGCUAUGCAGCGUCCGACAGUGAGCCUGAGCGGGAUGAGCUGCUGGUGCCUGCUGCUGCAGGGCCCUAUGCCACGGUCCAGCGACGUGUAGGCCGCAGCCACUCAGUGAAGGCACCUGCUGGCACCGACAAGAAUGUUAACCGCAGCCAGUCCUUUGCUGUGCGGCCUCGCAAGAAGGGGCCUCCACCGCCCCCACCCAAGCGCUCCAGCUCAGCCAUGGCUAGUGCCAACCUGGCUGAUGAGCAGGUGCCAGACACCGAGGCCGAAGAUGGCCUGCUGGGGGUUCGGGUACAGCGCCGGCGGGCUAGCGACCUGGCUGGCAGUGUGGACACAGGGAGUGCCGGCAGUGUGAAGAGCAUCGCAGCCAUGCUUGAGCUGUCCUCCAUUGGGGGUGGGGGCCGAGCUGCCCGCAGGCCUCCCGAGGGCCACCCUACACCUCGGCCUGCCAGUCCAGAGCCCAGCCGGGUGGCCACGGUGCUGGCAUCCGUGAAGCAUAAAGAGGCCAUAGGGCCUGAUGGGGAGGUGGUGAACCGGCGCCGCACACUCAGCGGGCCAGUCACUGGACUUCUGGCCACUGCUCGUCGGGGGCCCCAGGAGUCAGCAGAUCAAGGCCACCUUGUGGAGAACGGCGCUGGCCGGCAGCGGCCUCGAGGUCCAGUCAAGGGUGAGGCAAAUGUCGAGGGCCCGCCCCUGGCCAGGGUGGAGGCCAGUGCCACACUCAAGAGGCGCAUUCGAGCCAAGCAGAGCCAGCAGGAGAAUGUCAAGUUUAUCUUGACCGAGUCUGACACGGUAAAGCGCCGGCCUAAAGCCAAGGAGCGGGAGGCUGGGCCCGAGCCGCCCCCUUCACUGUCUGUGUACCAGAAUGGCAUGGGCAUUGCACGCCGCCUGCCAGCCUCAGAUCAGGCUGGGCCCCCAGAGCUACCCCCGCCACCCCCACCUGCUGAGCCACCGCCUGCAGAUCUGGUGCAUCUGCCCCCACUAGAGAGUGAUGCCCGGAAGCUGGCCAAGCCGCCUGUCUCUCCCAAGCCUGUCCUGGCUCAGCCUGUGCCCAAGAUCCAGGGCUCGCCUACACCCACCUCCAAGAAGGUGCCACUUCCAGGGCCUGGCAGCCCAGAGGUAAAGCGUGCCCACGGCACGCCGCCGCCUGUGUCUCCCAAGCCGCCGCCACCGCCCACGGCGCCCAAGCCGGCCAAGGUAGUGGCGGGACUGCCACCAGGCAGCGCCGGCCCGUCGCCUGCGCCCUCGCCGGCGCGCCAGCCGCCCGCCGCCCUUGCCAAGCCGCCCAGCACGCCGCCCUCGCUGAGCGCCAGCCCCGCCAAGCCCCCGUCCCCCGGUGCGCCUGCGCUGCACGUGCCCACCAAGCCCCCGCGCGCCGCCGCCGCAGCUGCCGGGACCCCCGCCGCGCCCGACGGCGCCUCGCCGGGGGAUAGCGCCCGGCAGAAGCUGGAGGAAACGAGUGCGUGCCUGGCCGCUGCGCUACAGGCGGUAGAGGAGAAGAUCCGACAAGAAGACGGGCAGGGCCCGCGCCCCUCAAUAGCAGAGAAGAGCACCGGCAGCAUCUUGGACGACAUCGGCAGCAUGUUCGACGACCUGGCAGACCAGCUGGACGCCAUGCUGGAGUGAGGCGGCUACCCACAUCGGGCCUGCCCGUGCCGCCUGGGCUCCGGCCCUGCACACUGACCUUUACCUCAGGAUGAGCACGUCUGGGCGCGCGGCGCGAGCCAGAAGGACGCAGAGGGCCAGACGCGGGGCGGACUCAGGCGGCCGUGCUGCUCAGCCCCUGCACAAGCACAACUCCUGCCCCUGGGCCCAGGCCAGAUGCCUAGCUGGGGGCUCCAAGGGCUCUGGGCAGACACUCCUGUCCCCUGCCCGUCCCUGGGCUCCUGCCCUCUCGCCGCAGGGCUCUACGCGCUGUGGGUGCAGGAGGGCAGGGGCCGCCCUGCCGCGUGUUCAGACUGGGGCACCUUGAGAGGAAGAGGGAGGAGGGCACUGUAGCCCUCUCCCCAAUCUGGGGCAGAGCACAGGCCUAUGCCCAGCACAGAACUGCCCAUUGGGGAACCUCUGCCAGCUGCUCCUGCGCAGCACAAGGGACAAGGACUAAGGUCAGGGCCCCCCGCCCCACUGCACCCCUCCCAGAUUAUAAGCUAUCAAAAGUAUUAAUUUAUUGGGAAUGAGCUGAGGCAGAUUUCCCCAGAGAAACAAAAAGGUAUAACUUUAACAAAUAUAUAUUUAAAGAAAGAAAUAUUAUUGAUUCUAUAGAAAACCAUUUACCAACUGAAAGGACACUGGAGUCUAGCUUGAGACAAAACUGUUAGAGGCCCAGGCCAUCUGUCUGUCCACACUUCCCUCCCUCCAUCUUACAGUGGCCAGGCCCCUGAUCCACUAGCACAAACAGGAGGCUUGGGUCCAGGGAGGGGUGGGUGCUCUACCCAGGGUCUUUCCUCUGCUUUCUCAUAACUUCUCUGCGUCUGAAGAACUCGAAGGAUGUGCCUUGCUCACUGAUGGGCUGUGUUCUCCUCCUGAGUGUGGCCACGUCCUGGCGGUGCUGGUGCGAGGGUGUGCUAUGUGUGCAGUGUGGUGAUCGUGGGCGUGUCAGCUGAGACACAGCAGCGUGGGUGCAGGGGUAUGCGUGCCAAGCUGCAUGUAGCUCAAGGCUCAUGUGUGAGGGUGUCCCCAACCCUCUCCCCUGGGCUGCACACUGGCCCCACAUGGGCAGCUAGCCCACCCCACUCAAGUUCCCAAGGACGCUUCUGCUCAUGGUCCAAGGCUGUGUCGUGUGGUCGUUCUUGCCUUCUCUUUUCCCCUCUGUCUCUUUCUUCCUCUCCAAGAAGUACUGACUGGUCUCUAUCGUGUUUGCUGAUCCACAAGUGUUGGGCACAACUUUGACAUUUCUU